UUGUGAACGGCACAAGGAUGAUUGUAAAAGGAUUAGGGGAUGAUAUUUUGAAGGUUGAGGUUGUAACCGGUUCUGUGGCUGGAUCCGGAAAUAUUAUUUGCCUUUCACGUGUUUGGUGCGAUUAUGAAGACAAUAGACCAGAUGGAGUUAAGUUCAGACGGUUGCAGUUUCCUGUUCGUCUUGCAUAUGCAAUGACGAUCAUGAAGGCCCAAGGCCAGACUGCAACGCGAGUUGGACUCGACCUCACACAUCAAGUGUUUGGUCAUGGUAAUUUAUAUACAGCUCUUUCGAGAGUUCGUACAGGUGAUAUGUUUAAAGUUUUCGCGCCACAUGUGAAUGAAAAGGAAAAGACUAAGAAUAAAAUGAUAAAAAAUGUAGUCGCCGAUGGCUUAGAAUUCUUCUAA